AUGAGCAUCGCAAACUUUCCUUCGCUGAACCCAGACGAGUUUACAGAGGCGUGCCAUCACCUGGAGACCCAGUAUUGCCAUGCUAAGUUGGGUCCGGAGCGGGCACGCUGGAAGCUAAAGGUGUGCACUGCUCUUUGCACCGACUUCUCCUUUGAGGGGGGUUAUACGACAUAUAUCCAGAUCAGACGCCCGCUACAGACAGAUCUAGAUCAUGGGGAUCUCUCGCUGGACUUGGAAAACUUCUCCUUCUCCGAUGAAAAGAGUCAUGAUGUACCGGGUGGAGACAGAGAUAUGAUGGACGCAGAAGAGGCUGACGAGGCCGCUAUUGUGAAGCCCCAAUCUCGCCCAGAUGUUGGCCUGGUGGAAUACGAGAUUCAUCUUCAUCCUACGUAUCGCGUGCCUUGUCUGUGGUUCACUUUGCGCAAUCUGCCCCCAGAUGAGCCCGCAUUCAAUAUUGACACCGUCUUCCGCCGCCUUGUCCCCGAUGAGUACAAGGCGGGCCUCCGCGCGCUCGGAGCAGUUGGAGGCAUCUCGGCCGAUCAUCACCCUGUCACGGGUGUCCCGUCCUUCUUUGUCCACCCCUGCUUGCUCGGGGAUGCCAUCUCCAAAUUCGAGUGCGACAGGACAAACUACCUGAUGAUAUGGGUCGGGCUGGUGGGAGGCUGCGUGGGCUUGUGGGUGCCCAAAGAAAUGGCGAUCCAAUGA